GCGGAAAUAAUAAUUUUGGUCCAAGAGAGAGCCAACAGACGAGACAGGUAGCUUGCGUUGCUUCGAAGUCUGUUCUCUACGAAGCAGACCGAGGAGGUGAGCACCUCACAUCCAUCAUGGAGGACCAAACCAAUAGGCCCCAUCGGGCUCCCAAGGAAAAGAAGAAAUAUGAAGGCCAGAAUCCGAAGGCUUUCGCAUUCUCAAACCCCGGAAAGGGAAAGAGACAGGCUCAGAGAUCACACGAGGUCAAGGAAAAGAGACUCCAUGUCCCUCUUGUGGAUCGCCUGCCGGAAGAGGCGCCCCCAAUUAUCGUUGCAGUUGUUGGACCCCCUGGGGUUGGAAAAACGACAUUGAUCAAGUCGCUCAUCCGACGUUACUCGAAACAGACACUGAGUUCACCACAGGGCCCCCUUACGGUGGUUACUUCGAAACGUCGACGACUUACUUUCAUGGAGUGUCCUUCGGACUCUUUGGCUAGCAUGAUCGAUAUCGCGAAAAUUGCGGAUAUAGUGCUUCUUAUGAUUGAUGGAAACUAUGGAUUCGAGAUGGAGACUAUGGAGUUUCUGAAUGCGCUCGCCGCUAGUGGUAUGCCGGGAAAUGUCUUCGGUAUCCUCACCCAUCUCGACCUCUUCAAGAAGCAGAGCACUCUCCGCGCCGCUAAGAAACGUCUCAAGCACCGUUUCUGGAGUGAGCUCUACCAGGGUGCAAAACUCUUCUAUCUUUCUGGUGUGAUCAAUGGACGCUACCCCGAUCGUGAGAUCCACAAUCUGUCACGUUUUCUUUCUGUGAUGAAGAACCCGCGUCCGCUGGUGUGGCGGAAUUCGCAUCCGUAUGCCCUUGCGGACCGCUUUCUCGACAUUACACCGCCCACCCAGAUCGAAGAGAAUCCUAAAUGCGACAGGACAGUGGCACUUUACGGUUAUCUACGAGGGACAAACUUCCCAGCCUAUGGGGCCCGCGUGCAUGUUCCAGGUGUUGGAGAUCUCACAGUAGCUGCUAUAGAGGCCCUGCCUGAUCCUUGCCCGACGCCAUUUAUGGACCAGCAAAUCGCGAAGGCGACCGGGAAGGGGGCGCGCAAGAGACUUGGCGAGAAGCAGAAGCUGCUCUUUGCACCUAUGUCCGAUGUUGGUGGUGUUCUGGUUGACAAGGACGCCGUGUAUAUCGACGUGAAGUCAUCGAACUUCAACAGAGAUGACGAUACCGACGAUGAAGAUAGAGGCUUGGGAGAACAGUUAGUCGUAGGGCUCCAAGGUGAAAGAAAGCUUCUCGGUGAAGCCGACGCUGGUGUCCGUCUCUUCCGCGGCGGAGAAGCCAUCGAACACCCGGAUGAAGACGACAACGGUGUGGGGCGGAAACACAAGCGAAAGGUGCGCUUCGCGGGAGACGAUGAGAAUGGUCAGGGAGCCUUUGAAGACGAAGAUGAAGGCUUUGAAAGUGCAGAGGAUGAUGAGGAUGAGGAUGAAGACGACGAAGAUGAAAACGAUGCAGACAUCGCUCCUCCGGCCGACUUCGCGUCGAGUUUUAAAGAAAAGCAGAAUGGGACCAAUGGUCGCGAAGAAGACGACAUUGCUUUCGCCGACAGUGACUCUGACCUAGGAUCGAUCUCGUCCGUCGAGGACCAGGAACUGGAGAGUGGACCAGAGGAUGACGAAGAUAUAGAUGAAGAAGACGAAGAGGAUGUUGAUGAUGAAGAUGAGGAGAGCGCUGUUCGCUGGAAGGAGAAUAUGCUCGCCAACGCCAAGGCUCUUCAUGGAAAGCGACGACCAUUCCGAGUCACGGACUUGACCCGUAUGAUGUACGAUGAAUCCAUUACGCCUGCCGACGUAAUUCGCAGAUGGCGAGGUGAUGAUUCGGACGAGGCCGACGAGGAAGAAGAGGACGACGAAGAUGCAUUCUUUAAAAAGACCGACGCGGAAAAGAAGGAUGAAUUCGAUUAUCGCAUGAUUCCCCAGUAUGAUUAUGAGGAGCUUGAGAAGAAAUGGUCCGAUGGCGAUAUGAUUGAAGAGUUAAGGGCUCGCUUCGCUACUGCAAAGCUUUCCAAGGGAGAUGACGACGAGGACGGCUCUGAUGAGGAUGGCGUGUUUUCUGAUGAAGAAGCGGAUGAUGGCUUCGAAGACUUGGAGGCCGAGGAGGAGGCCGGUGGAAAGGCUGAUGACGAAGAGAGCAAGGAAGGCUCCGUUGACCUUGAAGCAGAGCGUGAGCGCAAUGCCAAGAAGAAGGAAGAGCUCAAACUGCGCUUUGAGGAAGAAGAUCGUGAAGGCUUCGCCAACGCGAGGGACGGAUCUCGUCAAGCAGGGGAAGCCCGGGAUGAAGAGCAAUUCGGUGAGGAUGACUGGUACGAUGCGCAAAAGGCCCUUCUCCAGAAACAGCUCGAUAUCAAUCGUGCCGAAUUUGAUUCUCUUGACCCCAUGUCGAGAGCUAGAGCAGAGGGCUUCAAAGCGGGUACCUACGCUAGAAUCGUGCUGGAGAAUGUGCCAUAUGAAUUCGCUGCCAAGUUCAACCCUCGCUUCCCCGUCAUCGUGGGCGGUCUCUCGCCUACGGAGGACCGAUUCGGUUACGUACAGGUCCGCAUCAAGAGGCACAGAUGGCACAAGAAGAUCUUGAAGACCAACGAUCCUUUGAUCUUCUCUCUGGGCUGGCGUCGCUUCCAGACUCUCCCCAUCUACAGCAUCUCUGACUCGCGAACGCGAAACCGCAUGCUGAAGUACACCCCUGAGCACAUGCACUGUUUCGGUACCUUCUAUGGGCCAUUGGUGGCACCCAACACAGGUUUCUGUUGUGUGCAAUCGUUCUCCAACAAGAACCCAGGUUUCCGAAUUUCCGCCACCGGUGUGGUUCUCAACGUGGACGAGACCACAGAGAUCGUGAAGAAGCUCAAGCUCACUGGUCACCCGUACAAGAUCUUCCGCAACACUGCCUUCAUCAAGGAUAUGUUCAAUUCCUCCCUGGAGAUUGCCAAGUUCGAAGGAGCUGGCAUCCGAACCGUGUCCGGCAUCCGUGGUCAGAUCAAGCGAGCUCUUAGCAAGCCAGAAGGUCAUUUCCGUGCUACUUUUGAGGACAAGAUCCUGAUGAGUGACAUUGUCUUCCUUCGUGCCUGGUAUCCUAUCAAGCCGCACCGUUUCUACAACCCUGUUACCAACCUUCUGGAUCUCGACGAAAACGGAGAGGGCUGGCAGGGCAUGCGUCUCACUGGCGAAGUCCGCCGCGAGAAGGGAAUCCCUACGCCGCUCAAGAACGACUCGAAAUACCGUCCCGUUGAGCGUCCCACCCGCCACUUCAACCCACUUCGUGUGCCGCGCCAACUGGCGGCCGAGCUUCCCUUCAAGUCGCAGAUCACCCAGAUGCGGCCCCGCAAGGAGCAGACAUACAUGCAGAAGCGCGCGGUUGUUCUUGGUGGAGAGGAAAAGAAGGCCCGUGAUCUCAUGCAGAAGCUGACCACGCUACGCAACGAGAAAGCCGCCAAGCGGGCGGCUGCCCAGGAGGAGCGGAGAAAGGUUUACCGUGCCAAGGUGGCGGAGAACGCUGAGAAGAAGGCAGAACGAGAGAAGCGCGAGCGAGACGAGUACUGGCAGCGCGAAGGGAAAAAGAGAAAGAACACGGACUCCGAGGGCGGAGGCGGAAAGAAGAGGAGGUGAACAAAAUAUUGCUUCUCCUUUACGUACAAUUGGUGUACAUAUACUGCAUUAUGACGGCGUUUGUUCCCUGAAGUAUAGAUUUGCAAUAUACCAUGGAAAAGUUUUUUUGGUUUUAUUUAUCUAUUUCUUUAUCUCUCCUUGAUGAUUGCCAUGUAAUCAUUGUAAUUGAUAGUUAGUCAUU